CCGAAGGGAAGCCGGGCAGGGCAACGGCGCGCCAGUGCGGAGGGUAAGUGGAGGCUCGCGUGGCGACUUCGUCUACGGCGAGACCCGAGGGAGGAGGAAGCGAAGGACGGAAGGUGGACAGGCACAGCAGGAGGUUCGGCCCAACAAGACAGGCCAUCCUCCCGCUUGCCCCGGCGCACUGACUGCAAGCUCAGGACUGCCUCCCGGCCCACACGCUACAAUGACGCGACGUCUCCCUGACGUCAUCUUUCGCGGCCGUCAGAGAAUCGGCCGUGGGCGCCGCCAUGCGUUACGGAACCCGACAGGCCUUCCUCUGCCGUGCCCCGUAGGUCCAACCUUCAGCGUCGCUACGAAGCAUCACGUAGGCGCGGCCACCACUCGGCAACGCUGCUGCUCGAGGGCCCGCCCGUGGGGCGCGUCAUCCCCGCGGCCCGCACCCGGGUGGGAGCCGCCAUGUUGGGGUCCUCGCUGGGGCGCGUAGGUGUCUUCAUAAGAUGCCGGUUCGGUGGCGCGCAGCUUCCCCCGAAGAUGGCGUCCAUGCGGGAGAGCGACACGGGCCUGUGGCUGCACAACAAGUUGGGGGCCACGGACGAGCUGUGGGCGCCGCCCAGCAUCGCGUCCCUGCUUACUGCCGCGGUCAUCGACAACAUCCGCCUCUGUUUCCACGGGCUCUCAUCGGCGGUGAAGCUCAAGCUGCUGCUCGGCACACUGCACCUCCCGCGCCGCACGGUGGAUGAGAUGAAGGGUGCCCUGAUGGAGAUCAUCCAGCUCGCCACCCUCGACUCGGACCCUUGGGUACUCAUGGUCGCGGACAUUCUGAAGUCCUUUCCUGACACGGGGUCGCUUAACCUGGACCUUGAAGAGCAGAAUCCCAAUGUUCAAGAUAUUUUAGGAGAACUUAGAGAGAAGGUGGGCGAGUGCGAAGCAUCUGCCAUGCUGCCAUUGGAAUGCCAGUACUUGAAUAAAAAUGCCCUGACGACCCUCGCUGGACCCCUCACUCCCCCAGUGAAGCAUUUUCAGCUGAAGCGGAAACCCAAAAGUGCCACACUUCGGGCUGAGCUGCUGCAGAAGUCCACCGAGACGGCCCAGCAGCUGAAGAGGAGCGCGGGAGUGCCCUUCCACGCCAAGGGCCGGGGGCUGCUUCGGAAGAUGGACACCACGACCCCGCUCAGAGGCAUUCCGAAGCAGGCGCCCUUCAGAAGCCCCACAACGCCCAGUGUCUUCAGCCCCACUGGGAACCGGACCCCGAUCCCACCUUCAAGGACGCCGCUGAGGAAAGAAAGGGGUGUGAAGCUGCUGGAUAUUUCUGAGCUGGAUAUGGUUGGUGCUGGCCGAGAGGCGAAGAGGAGAAGGAAGACGCUAGAUGCAGAGGUGGUGGAAAAACCAGCCAAGGAAGAGACAGUUGUUGAAAACGCAACCCCAGACUACGCGGCCGGCCUGGUGUCCACACAGAAACUCGGGUCCCUGAACACUGAGCCUGCGCUGCCCUCCACGAGCUACCUGCCCUCCACGCCCAGCGUGGUUCCUGCCUCCUCCUACAUCCCUAGCUCUGAGACCCCCCCAGGUCACACUCUGCCUGCAGCCACAUCUUCCCGGGAAGCGAGCCUGCAGGCCAGCCGGCCACCAGAGGAGCCCAGUGCCCCAAGCCCCACACUGCCAGCACAGUUCAAGCAGAGGGCACCUAUGUACAACAGCAGCCUGAGCCCGGCCACACCCACGCCUACAGCGCCAACCUCACCUCUAACACCCACCACACCCCCAGCUGUCGCCCCUGCUGCCCAGACACCCCCGGUGGCCAUGGUGGCCCCACAGACCCAGCCCCCUGCCCAGCAGCAGCCUAAGAAGAACCUGUCCCUCAUGCUCACGAGGGAGCAGAUGUUUGCUGCCCAGGAGAUGUUCAAGACGGCCAAUAAAGUCACGCGUCCUGAGAAGGCCCUCAUCCUGGGCUUCAUGGCAGGCUCCCGAGAGAACCCAUGCCAGGAGCAGGGGGAUGUGAUCCAGAUCAAGCUGAGUGAGCACACGGAGGACCUGCCCAAGGCGGACGGCCAGGGCAGCACCACCAUGCUGGUGGACACGGUGUUCGAGAUGAACUAUGCCACGGGCCAGUGGACACGCUUCAAGAAGUACAAGCCCAUGACCAAUGUGUCCUGAGGGCUGCCUGCCCCACUGCUGGCCUUGACCAGGUCUCUAAGGGAUGACAGCUUUGCUGGCUUCCAGCAGCCAGACGGUGGACACCCGGCAGCCUCUUUGUUUUAGAUCCAUUUCUCUGGGGUGUUUUGGGCUUUUUUUAAAUUUUAAUAUGGGUUACUUUUUGUGUGAUUUAAGAUACUUUUUUGAAUUCCAUGUUACAUUUUUGAAUGUCAAAACUAACCAAAAAAGUUAAAACGUCCUA